GUGCAAGUGGAUGCCCAGACUUUGGAGAUACAGGACAUCCAUAUCUUCUUGAAUACAAGCCACUGGAAGAAAAGCAGGAAGACUUUCUUGAAGGAAUGCAUCCUGCCGGGCAUGUGGGAUGAUUUUCGGCGCUGGCUAGAGGGAAGCGUUUCGAAGAGCAAGGGCCGACAAGGAGCCGAUCCUCCCUUCAUCGUGCCCUUCGGCUUCUCCCGUGUCAUGGGAGGUGUAGCCUGUGCUCGGACGUGUGAGGUGAAGCACAAGGUCGGACCCACCGGACGGAACGAACUGAGCCUCCGCUUGCGCCACAUCUUCAUCCGGAGGCCCGCAACGCACGAAGGAGGCCAAGCGAGGGAGUGUCCA